AUGCUGCAGCAAUCCCCUUCCUCCCCAAGGAACAUACAACUCCCGGCUCCAGUAGUUGGUGCAGAUUUCGAAAGUCGGAACCUAUCUCAGGACGGCAAUCUUACUUUCGUCUCAAACAUGGAUGCUCCCACUGAAGAAUCAAAAUAUACACCUGGGCUUUGGUCGUCUGGGGGCAGCACAGCUGUCCUUUCUAACAACCCAAUUGAAGAGAGCACGACAAUGGGCUCAGUUCUAACCCGUCACUUUCGGGCUAAUAUAGACACCAAGCAUACUGAUAUUGUUCUCAUAAUAUGUGGAUUUGUUGGUGGUCUGGUCGAUGGGCUGUCAUUCAAUGCAUGGGGGAGCUUUUCGAGUAUGCAAACAGGAAACACUGUUUUCCUGGCUCUAGGUCCUUCCGGUCAGCCUGCCUAUCCGGCAUACCUCUGGGCCAAGUCCCUCAUUGCUCUUAGCGUCUUUAUCGCCAGCAACAUUUUUUUCAUUAACUUCCAUCGGAUAUUAAGUCCACGACGCCGCUCAACAAUGAUUUUUUCGUUUGCUAUUCAGUCAUUUGCUCUUCUGGCGACAGCAAUUCUCAUUCAGCUUGGUGUGGUUUCCCCUAAGCCGGAAGACCCACGAGCCCCUAUUCAAUGGAUACAAGUUCUCCCAAUUUCCCUUUUAUCCUUUCAAGCUGGAGGGCAGAUAUGCGUAUCUCGCAUUCUUGCGCUGGAUGAGAUCCCUACAGUGGUGUUGACAGCGCUUCUAUGCGACUUGCUUGUCGAUCCAAGACUCACCGCAAAAUAUAACCCUAAGCGCAAUAGAAGGAUCGGAGCUUUCCUAGCCCUGUUUCUUGGCGCAAUGACUGCAGGGGGUCUUUCGAAAGUCACCGGUAUGGCUUCAAGUAUAUGGUUUGCCAUGGGCUUGAAGCUAGCAAUCACGUUGGGAUGGGUUGUUUGGAAGCCAGAAGGAAGAGAAAAGAGCAAUACAGAUGUCUAA